AUGUCAGCAACCACAAGCGCUGCACAACACUGCAGCAUCGACGCAACUCGGAGAAUAUUACGCAACUCACCUUCCCCCGGGCCCGUCGUUUCCAAACUCUCAAUACUUGAUUCGACAGUCGCUCGUUUCACACCUACGGCUGCGAUUUGGCUUUACGACAAGCCGAAAACAUCACAGUUGUCACAUACCGAAUUUUUCGAGAACCUCGGCCACGCACUUAGUCAAACAUUAAACGAUUAUCCGCACUUUGCAGGCCAGCUCCAAUGGGCUACACCUGAGCAGUUUAAAGACGAUGCAGUGCCGCGACACCUUGGCCGGCUAGUAGUUGCGUAUGGCUCGACCAGAGAUCCCGGGGUUGAGCUUUCCAUCGCCACCCAUGACUCAAAGCUCAGCGAUAUAGUCCCCAGCAGGGCUAAGAGAGCGACGAAUCUGAAAGAGUGGAACGCCUCGCGCUUCCAGCAAAGCGACUUCUUGCCAAAAACCAAGAUUGCGCUCAUGUCUCUGGAUGCUAUCGACGGGCUACCUUCCAUGGCUGUUCAGCUGACAUCGUUCAAGUGCGGAGGCUUUGGGAUCAGCGCCAUGAUUUCGCAUCCGCUCGCAGAUGCUAUAUGUUUGAUGAACUUCAUGUACUCUUGGGCAACAAGGUCGAAGAUUCUACUGGGCCAUAUUGCCGCAACCAAUGAUCUCAGCAUGUUCAAACCUGUCUUUGAUCCGAUUCGGCUUGACCAGAUUGCGGGGCUCACACCAGGAGGUCUCCCGGACGCAACAAUCGUUGCAAAGGCUCGAGCAUUGCCGAUGCACCGAUUCAACUGGUGGGCAGAGGAUGCACCAGGAUAUCCUCGUGGAGUCAGACCAGCUUCACUGGCCACUAUGCCACCGCCGGACGAAUUGCAAACGACCGAACUCAGCCCGUCAACGUAUCCCCCUUGGCCAACUUGGGACAUGAGCGCACCGGUCGAUCACGUUCAGAUACGUUUCACGGCAGCUGAGUUGACGCGGAUGAAAGAAGCUGCACAAGCAAGCUUGCCAGACGACAUCAAAUCACUCCGAGUUUCUAGGCUCGAUGCAAUCCUGGCUCAUAUCUGGACUUCAAUGAACCGUGCGCGCGGUCAUGAAGGAAAACUUGAACAAGCAUAUCUGAACAUCACCUUGGGUCUUCGAAACCGCGUAGAUCCACCCCUACCAGAAACCUUUGUUGGAUCUCCUCUCCUCUUAGGAUACGUUGAGAAACCCACCAACGAAGCGAGCUCAGCCCAGCUUGGGCCCAUCGCCGGUGCUAUC